CGAAGGACGAAGCAGCCGCGGCCAAAGAAGGUGUUCUGGGGAGCGAUGAGCAAACGCUGCUGGAAGGCAAGGCUGCUGCCCUGUCCAGCUCUUGGAAGGCAGGAGAAGAUCUGGUGGCUGUACCGAGGAAAGAGCUUAACCAUGUUCCAAGCGGUGGAGCUUCAGGCAAACCUCUGGAGAUGGAGCAGCUGCUCCCAAAGCAGAGCGUCACCGACUCCAGGGAGCAUCCAGCUGAUGGGCACGGCGGCCAGGCAGGCAAGUUGAGACCCCAGACGGGACAGACAAGUGAUGGAUGGAGCGUGAUGAACUUGGUAGGAGCCUCUGGUGAUGUUUGUAAGGACAGAAGCAAGGAGCAGCUGGGUCAGCCAGCUGAGGGUAUGGACCAUGAAGAGUGGGAAGAUCUCUCCGAGCACCUGGCCUGGGGGGAGGCUGGCAAGAACGGCAGCGUGGAAGAUCCUGACAGCAAGGAAUGGGAACAAGGAGACUGCCCCGAUGGGGACCUGAAAGCAAAGAGGGUUGCUGCUGUGCCCCCCAUGUUUCAAAAUAUCCACGUGACUUUCCGCAUCCACUACAUCACCCACUCUGACGCUCAGCUGAUCGGUGUUACUGGUGACCACGAGUGUCUCGGCCAGUGGCACAGCUACGUUCCCCUCAAGUAUGACAAGGAUGGCUUCUGGUCCGAAUCCAUCAGUCUGCCAGUGGACACCAAAGUGGAGUGGAAGUUUAUCCUGGUGGAGAACGGGAAGGUCAGACGGUGGGAAGAAUGCGGUAAUAGGACCCUGGUGACUGAACACGAAGACAAAAUUGUUCAUCGGUGGUGGGGACACCAUUAAUGGGAUUUUGGAAGCUGCUAAUCUGAUGGCAAACCUGCUUAGUUUAAUCACAGAGCCCCUAAACUUUUACCCCUUUUUCAGUAGAAGACCUUCUCAAGUGCAGAGCUCUGUAAAUCCCGUAUAAAACCUGGUUAAACUGCGUGACCAGCCGAUCUCUGCCAUCCCCUUUAGGAAAUCAUUUGGCAACCUGAGAAACCAACUCCAAGCGUGUUCUGAAGAUGCUCAAGGUAGGCUAUGAAGGCACGAGCAGCAUUCCAAGCAGCUGUCUGUCUAGGGAAAUCUGGACCCUGGACUUGAGUUCGUGUUGCUUUGAGUGGGGCUAUGGGAUGCAUCUUUGUACCGACUGCUUAGGGCUUUGGCAGCUUACUAGGAAGCGUGGUUACCUACACUGUAGUAGGAACUGAAGUGUUUUAACUUAUGUAAUGUAUUAAGUAAACAAUAAACACUUUCAGACCGACGGUCCCUUACA